UAUUGUUAUCACUUUUGUAAUCAUUUUACUUAUAAAUAAUAUUUAAAUUGAUUAUUUAUCUUGGUACCCUUCAACUAACUAGUGUAACAGUGUGAAGCAUAAAGUAUUGAAAGAUACAAGUCUGAAGUCACAACAUAAAUAUUCACGGUGGUGCUGGUGAUAUUCAUGACAGCCGAGUGCAGGGCAAACUUGAUGGAGUUAAAGUUGCAGUUUGUGCUGGCUAUAAAAUUCUAAGCCAGGGCGGCAGCGCAUUAGACGCAGUAGAAGCAGCAGUUGUAUCAAUGGAAAAAGAUGAAUAUUUUAAUGCUGGAUAUGGCUCAGUCCUCAAUCUGCGGGGAGAAGUUGAAAUGGAAGCAAGCAUUAUGUGCGGACAGAAUCUUAAUGUUGGUGCAGUAACACUUGUCAAGAAGUUUCUUCAUCCAAUAAGCAUAGCACAUAAAGUUCUGACAGACUCUCCCCACUCAUUGCUUGGUGCGGAAGGAGCUGAAUUAUUUGCUUUAGAGAAGGAAUUCCCAACAGUGCCUCCAGAGUCUUUGAUAAGCGAAAAUGCCAAAAAAGCUCUAGAAGACUUUCUACAACAUGGAGUAUUUGGGAGAACUGAAAUAGGAAUUGAAAAUAAGGCUGAUGUAGGUACAGUUGGAGCUGUGGCAAUUGACGAGAAUGGCAAUGUGGCAGUAGCAACUAGUACUGGUGGCAUGAGUGGCAAAGCUGUGGGUCGCAUUGGGGACACACCGCAAAUAGGCAGUGGUACUUAUGCUGAUAAUCAUAUUGGAGGAGUUUCAACGACUGGCCAUGGAGAAUCAAUACUCAAGUACUGUUUAGCUCACAGUAUCAUUAAACUAAUGGAAGGUGGUCUGAGUGCAGAUGAGGCAACAAAAACUGCAGUAGAAGGAAUGACCUCACGUUUGAAGAACACGGCUGGGGCCAUAACACUCUCUAAAGAUGGUGAUGUUGGCAUGCACUUUAGUUCAAACAGAAUGGCUUGGGCGUAUAUAAAAUCAAAUAAAAUAUUUUAUGGAAUCAAUAAAGAUCAAGAGCUUGUAGAUGAUUAUGUUAACUAAGUAAGAUUUUCUGCUACAUUAUAUUUUAAAUGUAUUGUUAUUUACUG